AUGGACUUCAGGGAGGUUUCGGGAAGGCAUGGUGAUCAAGCCGUGCACCAAGAUCCAGGCUCCCAGGAGGCACGGGAGCCAGAGGACCAAAACCAACACGAGGCCAACAAGGAAGGCUGCAAGGACCUUGCUGGACUCCCAUUUCCCAGAAAGCUCUGGAGCAUAGUGGAAAGCGAUGCAUUCCAGUCCUUGUGCUGGAAUGAAGACGGAGAUGCUGUGGUCGUCGAAGUAGACCUUUUCCAGGAGGAGAUUCUUGGCCAGAGAGGCCCAGGGAAGAUUUUUGAAGCAGACAGCUUGAAGAGUUUCAUUCACCAACUUCAUCUUUAUAGCUUCAGACGGAUCCGCCUGCAUGACUCUGAGGCUCAGUCCUGUGGGAAGAGGACGAUGAUGAUCUACUACAACGUCAAUUUUCAGAGAGAUAAGCCAGGACUUCUUGAACAUAUUUGGAGAAAAGGAGACUUGAGAAAUCCUGCUAUGCGAGGGACCUGUACACCAAUUCUCCUCAGAAAUCCUGCCUGGCAAGGGAUAGAUGAACCAAAUCCAAAGAAAAAGAAGUGGGUAGCUACCAGACACUCCCCACGAUUCCCCAGGGCAGACAGUAGGGAGUCCCAGGGGGAAGCCCCCCAAGAUGAGGGCCCCAGACGGCCCCCGCCCAUUGUGUUCUCUGGUAUAUGGGCUUUGAAAAGUAUUGCUGGAAACACCUUAGAUAACCAGGUUCCUCAGGUGCCAAGGGGCCCAAGUAAGGAGGGUGCUACUGGGAAUGGCACGGCUGUGCCUUCAGCCACUGCUACAGAACAAGGCGCCUGCGAAGAGCCUAGCAGCUCCUCAGCGUACCGUGAUCACUGUGCUCUGAUGUCUUUGUACAACGCCUGCUAUUCCAUUGUGCUGAGUGCCCAGACGGCCAAGAGCCCCGAUGAGCUUCCCGAUGAGGAGGAGGAGGAGGAGGACUUCAAGUCUGUACUGUGUGAACACCUGACAGACAACCCGCAACCAUGA